GUUACCGGCGCAUGCGCGGGGGGCGGUUCUGCUUCCGGGUGAUGGCGGCGGCGGGGCCGAGCGGUGCCGCAGCCCCCCAGUGAGAAGCUGCAGCCCGGCGGGGAGCAGGGAAGAUGAGUCCGGGCCGCGGCAGCCGCAGCAGCCAGCGCUGAGCCCGCCCCGGCGGCCGCCGCCGCAGCCGGAGAUGGCAGCGGAGUCCACAAUCCCCAUCUGGCAGAACAAACCCCACGGCUCAGCUCGCAGCGUGGUCAGGAGGAUUGGCUCAAACCUCCCUCUAAGGCCCUGCCCCAGGGCAACCUUCGAGGUCCUGCCAAACGUUUCAGAGCUCUAUUUAAGUGAUGUCCCUCCAGUCCCCACCUUGGCAGAUGUUGUGUGGAUAGCAGCAGAUGAUGAGGAGACCUAUGCCAGAGUCAGGAGCGACACUCGGCCGCUGAAGCACAAGUGGAAGCCGAGUCCCUUCACCGUCAUACAGCGCAAUGCCUCCGUGCCCAACCUGCGGAGGCAGGAGGAGAAGCUGCUGGCCCUGAAGAAGCCUGGGCUGCCAGCACUGAGCAGGACCACGGAGCUGCAGGAUGAGCUGAGUCACCUCCGGAGCCAGAUUGCUAAGAUCGUGGCUGCCGAGUCAGCUUCUGCUUCCUUCACACCAGAUUUAUUAUCUCCAGGAAGCUCAAAUGCAUCUUCUCCUAUACCUUGUUUUGGACCCUCUUUCCAGUCCACAACUUCCUUUGUCAUCAGUGACAUCACGGAGGAGGAGGCAGAGCUGGAGAGCCCUGAGCUGCCCUCGGUCUCCCUGCUUUGUUCUGCCAGCUCUGAGUGUUUUAAAGCAGAGCCAAAGGAUCCUGAGGAGGAGGAUUCUGUGUCUCUGUCCAAGGCCAGCAGCUUUGCAGACAUGAUGGGCAUCCUGAAAGACAUCCACAGGAUGAAGCAGAGCAAAGACCUGAACAGAACAGCAAUGAAGGAGGAGGACCCAGCUGUGCUUAUAGCAGAAGUUCUGAGAAGAAAGUUUGCCCUGAAGGAUGAAGAUCUGGCCCUGAAGGAGAAGUGAUGGCCCAGUCCUUAAACUGUAAGCAAAAGUGUUAUGCUCCCAAAUCUCCUCCACUGUAGCUGCCUUCCUAAGGAUUGAGCCUUCUGCCUCUUGUCUGAGUUAGGAAAUGGUUCCUGCACUGGACACAGCCCAGGAGAGGCCCUGCAGGUUUGAGGCCCUGCAGGUUUUUGAUGUGGUUUCCAUGAAUUGUUCUAUUUGAGAAACCAACCUAAACCAAAACCACUUUUUAAGAAGCUGGGAAGCAUUUUCCACCUGUGUUUUGAUGUUGACUAUUGCUAAGGAUCUUCUCAAGAGUGCAAUGAGUGCUGCUGGACAAAGUUCCUUCUACCUUCACUUUCCCCUGGGUUCCAGUUAAGCAUUACCUUAGAAUGGCCUCGCUCCACUCUAACCAGUUAUCAUUUCCAGUACAACCCAGUGUCCCACAUCCAGUCCUUUGCCUGUUGAGUGUGGUACAGAUGCUGCUGAGAAUAAGCUGAUUAAUGUGUCCUGGUCUUUAGUGCUUAGGAGGUUGUUGAAGCAGUGGUGAAAAGAAGUCUUCUUGUCUGCCCCCGUGGUGGGAGGAGGCCGCAGCGGAUGGCCGAGGGCUGCUGGCUGUGGUGUGCCCUGGCCAUGCCCUGGCUGUCCCCUGGCUGUCCUUUCACCCCCCACACUUGCAUGACAGAAUGGCCUUAAUUUCCUGGCAGUGAUUUAAUGUUUCCUGAUUAGUUUCUUGUAUUCAGAGAAUGUAUUUUAGUUAGUUCAACAAGGUCUAUUUAUUGAACCACCCAUGCUGAGCCCAGCACCUGCCACGGGAGCUGCCGCCCGAGCAGGGCGAGGAAGGGACUUGGCCUUGCCUGUGGCUGUCACUGACCCCAGAGGUUCCCUGCAGCUCCACCUUCUCUGCAAUGUUCCUCAUGGCUGUAUUCAAAGUAUGGUUUGUUUUACUUUUUCCUUUCUAUAAAAUGGAGCCUUAAUAAGA